UAUUUACUCUUCUUUCCGCAUUCACCGGCGAACCAUUUCGCCGCCGACGGGAGUUUAUAAACUGAAAUUCAAAUCAAAAUCUGAGCAAAUGAUCUCAGAAAACAUACUAAUUCCGGCUUCAGUUAGCAAAGGGAACAACCAACUCUCUGUUCCACCAGGCUUUGCAUCUUUAACAGCAUUCACUUUAAGAAAAAGAAGGGUAGAGAGCAAGCAAGAGACCUGUAACUUCUCACAUUUCAAUGGAAAUGGAUCUGCAACAGAGCCCUUGCAAGUCUAUUCAUCUCUUGGCAUGGAUGAACCAGAAUUUAAUAUGUUUCUCAAUCGCAGACCAUGGUUAUUGUCUGACCGGUCCACACAAAACCCUGGGGAGCUCAACAUUAAGCAGCUUGAUAUGGUAACAACAAGUUGGCAUCCAGGAGAUGUGCACAUUACUGAGCUUGAAGAAGUGCCUGUAUUUCGUCCGACUGAAGAGGAAUUCAAAGAUAUGAUCAAGUACAUUUCUAGUGUAUAUCCUCAAGCAAAGAAAUACGGAAUCUGUCGCGUUGUUCCUCCAUCGUCUUGGCAACCGCCUUGCCUUCUCAAAGACAAAAAUAAAUGGGAAAGUUCUACAUUUAAGACACAUGCUCAACGUAUUCAUGAGCUAUGGAGUCAUCCACAUGCAAAGAGAAAAAUGAGUCCCACACCUGAAAAGAAUGAUGAGAAACGUAGGAAAGGUCUGGGAAUGAUUAUUGCAGCUGAACAUGUUGAAGAUUCUAACACAAACUCUGAAUGUGAGUUUACUUUGGAAACUUUCAAGAGGUAUGCAGACGAAUUCAAGAAUCGAUACUUUUCCAGCUUACGAAAAACAUACGAUAAAGAUGGUUUGGUUUCUGUCAAAGAACACUUGGAACCCACUUUAGAGAGCAUCGAGAGAGAGUAUAACCGAAUCAUUGAGAAUCCAAGUGAAGAAAUAGAGGUGCUGUAUGGUGCUGAUAUCGAUACUAGGGUUUUCGGAAGUGGAUUUCCUAACCCCGGGUAUCCUGAAUAUAUAGAAUCAGAUUGGAAUUUGAAUAAUGUUCCCAAGUUACCUGGUUCUAUUCUUGCUUUUGGAAGCAUUGAAAAUUCAAGUAUCUUAACCCCUAAACUCUGCAUGGGAAUGUGCUUUUCAUCAGUUUGUUGGAAUGUUGCAGAACACCACCUAUAUGCCAUGUCUUACAUGCAUCUAGGUUCUCCCAGAAUAUGGUAUGGCUGCUCAGGAAUACAUUCCCUUAAGUUUGAAUCUGCUUUGAAGAAGAAUUCAUUCAAUUUGCAACUAGAGAAUUUAGAGUCAUUCCACAAACAGGCAAUUCAAAUUCCUCCCUCAAUGUUGAAGUCGGAGGGUAUUCCUGUAUAUCGAUGCGUGCAGAAUCCUGGGGAAUUUGUGUUUAUCCUUCCAGGCUCUUACCAUGCGAGCUUUGAUUGUGGUUUCAAUUGCUCAGAGAAAGCUUAUUUUGCCCCCAUUGACUGGAUACUUCAUGGACUGAAUGCUGCAGAAGUUUAUCAUGACCAAAGGAGGAAGACAAUGAUAUCCUUUGAUAAGCUUCUAAUGAGUGUGGCUUCCGAAGCUGUUAGAGCAACUUGGUCGAGCUUAUUAAUGGGAAAGAAUUCUGAAGAAAAUAGGAGGUGGAUGUCCUUUUGCAAAAAAGAUGGGAUCUUGACAAAAGCACUUAAAUCUCGUGUUCGGCUGGAAAUUGCAAUGCGGGAUCAUCUCUGCAACAAAUCGAAGUCCCUAAAUAUGAAGGACUACUUUGAAGCUGGCACCACCCAGAAAAGCCAGUGCUCGAUCUGUUCUUACGAUUUACACUUUUCUGCAGUUGUUUGUUCGUCGUGUUCUCCUUCACCUGAUGAUAACAACAGUAAAUAUGCUUGCUUAAGACAUGCAAAGCAACUCUGUUCGUGCCCUUGGAGUGCGAGAAUGUUUUUAUUUCGCCACUCCAUAAAGGAGCUCAACAUUCUUGUUGAUGCUUUGGAGGUGAAAGUAAGUGCAGUAUGCAAGUGGGCUAAAGAAGUAUUUGGAUUACGAUUAACCCGUCUCCAAAGAGAUUGAUUCAUCGUCAACAUAGAACUAAGAGAAAUUUCAAAAGGACGGAAGAAUUGGGUUUUUUCCCAUAUUCCCGCCAUCAAUGAAGGUUUGAGAACGAAUGCAUGAGUUGUUUUUGAAAGGAAAUAAUGAACCCUGCAGCAGCUAUAAUGGUUUCUUGACCAUUACAAAUUGAGUUAGCAUGACUCAAUCCAGAUCCUGUUUUUGAAACAUUUCUUAAUUCAUUUGAUUUUAUUUGAAAACCAACAUUUGUGUCAUCGGAUGCUGUCUUACUUGUGAGAUUACAUUCUUUUUAGUUCAUUUAUUUUACCAGUGAGAUAUUAGCCUC